GAUCGGGAGUUUCUUGUCUCCGACCGGUCUGGGGCCGCGGCCCUUGCGAACUGCGAGGAGCUGAGGGGCUGCGUGCCUCCUGCAGCACCUGCCUUUGCUAAGCCGCCGAGGAGCUAUGGCUGAGGAGCGCGCCGACUGGGAGAUCGACGUGGAGAGUCUGGAGGGGGAGCCGGACGAGGCACCCGGCGCUCCGCGCGGCAGCACCGGCCCGGAGGAGGAAGAGGAGGAAGAGGAGGAAGGCGAGGAGACGGCGGCGACUCCGCGGCGGGGCGAACCGCGGAAGCUGAGCCGCACGCCCAAGUGCGCCCGGUGCCGCAACCACGGCGUGGUGUCGUGCCUGAAGGGACACAAGCGGUUCUGCCGCUGGCGCGACUGCCAGUGCGCCAACUGCCUGCUGGUGGUGGAGCGGCAGCGCGUCAUGGCCGCCCAGGUGGCGCUCCGACGGCAGCAGGCCACCGAGGACAAGAAGGGACUGACGGGAAAGCAGGCAAGUCUGGAGCGCAAAGCCGUCUACCAGAGGCACGUCCGAACGCCCAGCCUCUUGGCCAAGAGCAUCCUGGAAGGUUACCGUCCUAUUCCAGCAGACUCUUAUCUGGGAGGGAAUACACCCUUGCCACCUCCUGUAAGUGACAGGAUGAGAAAGAGACGGGCUUUUGCUGAUAAGGAGCUGGAGAACAUUAUGCUAGAGAGAGAGUAUAAAGAGAGAGAUAUGAUGGAAGCUACACAAGCAGCUGCCCUUUUCCUCCCUAACCGUAUGGUGCGUGCAGCUGAAUACAAUUCGUAUAAAACAGCCUUCAACACUACUCAAGCUGAUAAUCCAAACAAAGAAUUUUCAAAUUUUUUGCCAACCUGCCUUGAUCUAACGAUGCAGUAUUCAGGACCUAGCAACAUGGAACUAAUUUCUUCAAAUGUCAGUGUAGCUACUACCUACAGGCAGUAUCCCCUGUCUUCUAGGUUCUUAGUGUGGCCAAAAUGUGGCCCCAUUAGUGAUGCUCUCCUCUACCAGCAAUGCCUGUUAAAUGCUACUGCUGUCCAAGCUCUUAAACCUGGGACAGGUUGGGAUGCCAGGGCCUCACAAAGUCAGGACUGUCCAAACACUGAGCAUGACAUCAUGCCUCCAAAACUGGAAAAUUCAUUUGUUUUGACUCACACGCGAGACCUUCAGCAGUCACGCAAUGAAAUACUGUGCCUUCAUCAGGAAGCUCGUGAGAGGUCAGCUUUCUCUCCUCCAAAAAGGACUUUUUCCCAAAUUUCUGAUAAGGGUUCUCUGUCUCCUCAGCAACAGGCAUUAAGCAAGAUCAGCAAAAACAGUACCAAACCCCCUCCGCCACUCAAGUACAGUGCAUUUCAGUCACUGUUCCAUCAGACAUUUCCUGACACUCCAACGGCAGAGUUAAGAAUGUCAUUUGUGAAGGAGACUUUUGAAGAUGCUUCUAAGAAAUACAGGGAGUGUGCUGUUAAAGAGAACCAAAAAUACAAGUUUACUGUAGACAAAUGUGCAAAAGACUUCUUUGGGGCCAAACAGGCCACAACAAAACUUUCAACAACUGAGCCACUGUCGUUUUCGGUUGAAUCCAUUCUUAAACGACCUUCUUCUGCUGUUACUAAUGUCUCUGAAUGAAUAAAAUUUACCUUCAGAGUAGAGAAGCUUUCUAAGCUUUGCCUUCUGCAGAAUUGUUCCUGCCUGCCUUAUCUCUUAAAAGCUUUUUAAAGAGGAAUUUCUGCAGUAAAUGGUAAUGCUUUCUUUUAUUUCAAAAUGAUGUACAUAAAUAUGCAUGUUU